UUAGGGGAAGAGGACAGCCAGUAAUGGAGUAUAUGAGCACUGACAGCGACAAUAAAGAGGAGAUUGACUUAUUGCUAAGAGAUUUAAAUAUGUCUGAAGUCAUUGACAUCAUGGAGAACCUUUACCCAAACGGAGGCCUAGCAGGUUAUGAAGACAGCCUCAUCUCUCUGUGUCCGGAGAAUAAUAAAAAUGAGGACCGCACAGAUUCCCUGCUGUUCACCGGAAGAGAGGUUUCCCUGUUGUCAUCUGUCAAAUAUGGGACCGUGGACGAUUUGCUUGCCUUUGCAAAUCAGGUAUCCAAUGCCACAAAGCAGUUUGGUCGGCUCCGAAGACAAGAAUCCGGGAUCAUAUUAAACAUGAUCAGUCCUAAAAACGGACGCUAUCAAAUUGACUCGGACGUCCUCCUUUUCCCAUGGAAGCUGACCUACAGGAAUAUUGGUUCUGACUUCAUCCCACGAGGAGCUUUUGGGAAAGUGUACUUGGCUCAAGAUACAGAAACCAAAAAGCGAAUGGCUUGCAAACUGGUACCAGUGGAGCAGUUCAAGCCCUCAGACGUGGAGAUCCAGGCCUGCUUCCGCCACGAGAACAUUGCAGAGCUUUAUGGAGCCAUCUUGUGGGAUGAGACGAUCCAUCUUUUCAUGGAGGCAGGAGAAGGAGGCUCCGUCCUGGAGAAGGUGGAAAGCUGUGGACCGAUGAGAGAGUUCGAGAUCAUUUGGGUGACGAAACACAUCCUCAAAGGACUCGAGUUCCUUCACUCAAAGGGAGUCAUACAUCAAGAUAUAAAACCAAGCAACAUUGUUUUCAUGUCAACCAAAGCAGUUCUGGUGGAUUUUGGACUCAGCGUUCAAAUGACAGAAGACAUUUACUAUCCCAAAGACCUGCGAGGAACAGAGAUUUACAUGAGCCCAGAAGUGAUUCUCUGCCGGGGCCACACUGCCAAAGCUGACAUCUACAGCCUGGGAGCAACCAUUAUUCACAUGCAGACUGGCAGCCCACCAUGGGUGAAUCGAUAUCCUCGCGCUGCGUACCCAUCCUACCUUUAUAUAAUACAUAAGCAAGCACCACCACUAGAAGAUAUUGCAGAAGACUGCAGCGCGAGCCUAAGGAGGUUACUUGAGGCCACUCUGGAAAGGAACCCGAACCAAAGGCCUUCCGCCAAGGAGCUACUGAAGCACGAGGCUUUGAAUCCUCCAAGAGAGGAGCAGCCUCGGUGCCAGAGUCUGGAUUCGGCCUUGUUUGAAAGGAAAAGACUGCUGACCAGGAAGGACCUGGAAUUGCCGGAGAACAUUGCUGACUCUUCAUCUCUUGGGAUUUCUGAGGAAUCAGAACUGCUGAAGAGACAACGAUCACUGUACAUAGACUUUGGGGCACUAGCCGGCUACUUCAACAUUGUCCAGGGAUCGACAACACUGGAUUAUGAAUAGAUUUGGAGAUCUCUUAUAUUGGACUGAAUUCCUCCCAUGGACAGAAGAUGGUGGUUAUUUUUAAUCACUUGAAGGAUUUUAUAAAACUAGAUGAAGAUAACAGCACUAACUUUUGACCCGAGUAGCCAACAAAAACAACAGAAGGUUACUCUUUGGAGUAAAAUACUGUUCUUUAGUGAUUUGGCAUAGAGACAUCAUGGGAAUAAUGUUUAGUGUGCGAAUGUGUAAAAAUGCAAUCAUGCACUUUUUCUAACAAAGUGGAAGACUUGAACGGACGUCCAAAUAGCCUAAGUUAUAUCUUUCUGUCCUUCUACUGGAUGUUGCCUUAGGCUUUACUGAAAACCUCUAAUAAUUAUUGAUGUAUAUGUGGGAUUGGUUCAAGAGUUGGUGCUAAGCAGCAUCUGCUUCUGUAGCUAGAUGGCUUUUGGUGAAACAGGGCAAGACUAUGAUUCCUGUAUGUUGCAAGCUCUAAAAUUACAGCAUUGGACUGAUUUCCUGUAGAGGUCCUGGAGCAGUGUUGGUUGUUGGGAUAUAGAUGCUUCCAUGCUCCUUCUCAGCUAGCCAGUUUUUGAAUGUGUCUCACUUGGGCCCCAAAGUAGCUCAGUGACCCACAAAACAGCAUCACCUGAGCGUCUCCAUUCUCCACCCAACCACCCACUUGUUUUGUGGCUUGUUUUGGAUACCAAGGAAGGCACCUCCCUGCCUCUUUUGAGAACCUUGAGUUGGGAGGUUCCAAGCCAAAAGAACAGCUGUUUCUGAAUGGGUGCUCCCAUGGUGAUGAGGCCUAAUCGUGUCUCCUGAUGCAGAUUCUGCUCCAGUGUUGGCUCUUUGUUUUGGAAAGAACCAGGUGAGCAUCAGGAAACAAAUCAGUAGGCAUCAGGUUGAGCAUUGCUGUUCUGGCAAAUCCUGUGCAGCCUUUGUGCCACAUUAAGGUUCUUCUGCUGACUGGGUGAGUCUGCUGACUUUAAGCAGAUUCUUAGGAUGGGAAAUGAGCACAAAAAGUUAAUUGUAACCGGAGCUAUUAUCCUUAAAGCGUGUACACUUUACGCUGCUGCCCAAAACCACUUGAAUUGGCAUGUGUGUACUUUGACUGGGCCGGCCGGCCUUGGAUGCAAUCUCGAAGAACGUUUGCUUAUACAAGCCUCACCAAAACAAAUGGGAGCUGCACGAGAGCAUAAAAUAAGUGCGAGUUUUCUAAUUGAAGUGGUUGAAAUAUCACCAAAAAAUGGUAACUCUGUCAGUAUGAGCCAUUUGAAGUAAAAUGUUUGUAUUAAAAUACUGUGCAAUGUUUGGGAAUUUAUGCCAGUUCUGAUGGUGGGUUAAGCUUAUAACUGUGGGACCACAGGUUUAAGAUAAACAUGUAUUAGAAUGUCAUGAAUGAUACAUUAUUUUAUGUUCCUAUGGAAACAGAUUUCCUUUUCUCUUGAAGAUGUUGUAUACAUUUGAAACAUGAUGUUUUGGAUGGCAGUAAAACUGUUUCAAGAACAUAGUGUUGUACAUCCCAUGGGAUGAAUAUAUAAACUUUUAUAUAACUUUUCAGUACUAAGGAUUAACGUCUCUUUAAGCAUUUUCUUUUUUAAGGUGGCAUACUGUGUAUGUUGUAAAUAGAACUCUUCAUAAAACUGCAUCCCUCAUUAAAACUGUAAAUGUAAGAAUGUUUGUAUACAUGAUAUGAGCUUUGUAUUUAAUAUAUUCUCUGUUGGCACAUAGCAAUGAAUUAACUAUUUGAAGGAAUAAA